AGAAGAAACUCUCGCGAUAUCUCAGUGUGUCCUUGAUGCGGAGACAGAAAUGGGCUACUGGGAUCUAGAAGAGGGCAAAGACUGCGUUGCCAAAACAUGGAUCACCACGAAAGUAGCCACAGCCAUUGGGCUGGUAGGUUCUGCCUACCACAUUGUGGCUUUUCAGCCUGAAACAGCUGUCGAGGCUUUGACCAGAGCAACAUCAGGCACUGCCACCAUGGCUGCCAUGGGUGCCAUCUUUGGAAUGGCCACUUGUCUAAGUGCACAGGCCAGAGAUGCACCUGAUGACCCAACUAACUAUUUCAUUGGUGGGUGUGCUUCAGGCGUUUUCCUCGGGGCACGGACACACAGUGCUAUCACAGGUACGGCAGCGUGUUUUGGUCUGGGAACUGUGGCUAUGCUCACCAAGGUUGGAAAAACAGAAGGCUGGAGAAUAACAGGACCCCCAAAGCUGUGACCUGAUAUGUCCCCUAGAAUUUGAUGUGUUCAUAUUGUAUAUUGCUCUCAUAAAUGUAUUAAGAUUAAAAAUAAAACAAUCUCUGGAUGUACUCUUUA